AUGGUCGUCAACACCUCAUCAGAAUCGUCUCCCUUCUUCCCCACCACCAGUCCUACUGCCACCAACACCACCACCACUAAUAAUACUACCCCUAAACGACGGUCCCUCGACAAUAACGGUCUCCCCCGCCCGCCGACCCCACCACGUGAGUCUCCGCGCUCCAAAAAAGCCCUUACCGCCACUGCCAAAGACCCUUUCGCAACCACCGACUCCAACAUCCUCGUCGCCGAGUCCUCCCCCCCCCCCUCUUCCGAGUCCUCCGCCGUCGACAAGCCCAAAAAGCGCGUCCUCUGGUCUCCCUGGACCAAAUACCACAAGCCCGACGUUCCCCUCGCCUCAACCCCCAUCCGCUCGAUCAUCGACGCCAAGAACCUCAAAAGCAUCCUAAAGCCCUCCCCCGUCCCCCUCUACACCGACUCGCCCCUCGGCCGCCCCAUCGCCGCCCACACGUUCACCAGCUUCGCCAGCAUGCUCGAGAGCGUCCUCACCUCGCUGGCCUCGACGGAGCGCAGCAGAAAGCUCGACACCUACAUCACCUUCAGCAACACGCUCAAAGCCUACGACGAGAUCCCCGACAUGCCCGCGCUCGAGGCGCACCUACCGGCCCUCUGCGACUUUAUCCGCCGCGACCUGACGGCCAAGCUCGAGGACGGCGGCAACACCGACAGCCAGCUAAUCCAGCAGGCCAUCAAGCUGCUUGUGAUCCUCGCGUGGACGCCGCGGCUCGUCGAGGCCAUCGACGACACCAACGCGGCCUUCUUCCUCGAGCACGCCAUUGCGCGCAUCGAGGACGCCAGCACGCCCAAGAUCAUCGUCAACCACAACCUGCACCUGCUCGCGCAGCAGAAGUUCCCGGCGCGGGUCGUGACGGCGGAGCGGGCGAACCGCAUCGUGACGGCGCUGGAAACGCUGGAUGAGCGGGUCACGGGAAAGAGCAUCAACAAGGAGCGCAUCGAUAUCUACUACAAGCUGCUGUUCCAGGCGAAGCUCGUCAUGACGGCGCGCAUCAGCGACUGGAUGGAUAACCUGUUUGGCGGGCUGCUGAGCGGCGUCACGGAGGUGCGGAACCGCUCGUUGAUCUGCAUUGCGGAGGUGUCGAGGGUGCUGGGGAAGGAUAAGGCGGUGCCGAGGACGCUUACGAAUAUCUUCAGCCGCCAGGUCAAGGGGAAGCGCAUGUUUGAGUCGAUCAAGGAGCGGCUGGACCAGUUCAUACGGGACGGGGAGGGCGUUUUUGUGGCGAGGAUGUGGGGCAUUGUGCUGCUGUGUGUCAAGACACUGGGGGAUCACUGGGAGUACUUUACGCCGUGGCUACGCAUCAUCGAGGGGUGCUUCAAUGUCAGUGAUAAAGACGUCAAGGUCGAGGCACAGGUUGCGUGGUCGAGGCUAAUCUACAGCAUGAACAUUGGCCCCAACACGACCCGGAAGCUACUGGGACUACUAUGCAAGCCACUAGAGCAAUAUCUAGACCCCAAGAACGCCUAUUCCAACACCAAGAAGCCCCGGAAAGCUGCAAUGGCAAACCUCUCCGACGUCUGGGACCUCGUCGUCGUCGGCCUCGUCGAGAAAAUGGCCCUCUCAUCAAAAGAAGAGGUCGGCGAGGGCUGCAGCAUCCUCUCUGCCAUCUUCGAUUCCACCCGCCCCCGGGCCUGGCAAGAAACGCGGGUCCUCGCAGCCCCGCCCAUGGCCCCCGAGGACGUCCCAAGACUGGACCCAAAAUGGGUGCGCUCCAACACGGCCCUUGUCCUUAACACACUCGAGGUAGCACUUCGCCGGGGCCACUGGAAAGAGGAUGCCGAUAAGGGCGUCAAGAGCCUCUGGGCCCACUUCACAAAAACGUUGAGCGACGCCGGCUCAAAGGAGAUCAAGGUGAGCGCGGAGCUAAUGGAGGCCGUAGCACACCUCUUCAACAUGUUCCAGCGCAUCUGGGCCGCCGGCCCCAGCGCGCUCCUCGGCGCAAAAGAAGCACUGCCAACAGUGUCCGCAUCGUUCAUCAAGAAGUUCUCGUUCCUGGUCGUCACGGCGCUGCAAUCACUCGGCACAAUCCCCUUCACCGAAAAACACCUUUCAUACGACGACGCCACCAAGUUCGCCCCGGCCGCAACCCCAACACAGAAAUACUCGUCCGGUGGCUCCCCCGCCGUUCUAAACCCGCCGAUUCUCCACCUCUUCCAGCUGUUUCUUAACCCGCCCGCAGACGUCUUCCCCGACGAGGAGUACUACGAGUCCGUCCGCACCAUCCUCUGGAAAUGCGUCGCAGGCCUAGACUCGCGGCGCAAGAAGCUCGGUCUUCUCGCCUCCUGCACGGCACUACUCCCGCACCGCGACGCCCGCGAACUGGACCACGGGAUGUGGCAGAUCUUCGGGCAGCUGGCGCGCAAGUGUCUUCCGCGCGAGAAGGCGUCUCUGUCGCUGGGCGCGCCGCCGGUCGUGGCCGAGUUCCGCGACGUGGUGCGCGUGCUGGAGUGGGGGUGUCCGUACGAGCUGCAGGGGUGGAAGCGGCUGUACGAGGAGUUCUGUGUGGUUGUGGCAGCGGAGCAGGGGGAGGGCUAUAUCGCCGCGGUGGUGAUUGAGCCGCUUGCGGAGGUGCUGAGGAACCAGGCCGUCGAGAAGGAUAAGACCGAGAGCCUGAAGAAGGCGGUGAUGCUGGUGGAGCAUGCGGCGUGGCCGAAGGCGGAGAAGUCGUUUCUGAAGACGCCGUUUGGGGGUGCUGGCCGGCGCUCGCUGGGCACGGACUCGUAUGAGAAGCUGUGUGACCUGCUGGACCACCUUCUGAAGCGAUCCUACGCCCUUUGCGCGGAGGGAAUGCCAAUGACGGAUACGCUAGCAUUGAUGGCAGCCCUCGGCGACAUGCUCACAAAGUGCCCAAGCGGGAGUAUUCUGCAACUGCUGAAGCGCCUGCAAGAGGGUCUCGGUCUCUUUAUUGCGGACGAGAAGCAGGUCGUCGGCACAAAGAACACUGACACCGCAGCUAAGAUUUACAACCUGUGGGUGAAGGUACUGGAAACAUUUACUAGACUCCCUGCGUACGACGGCAAGGUCCUUGAUGCGCUGCAGGGCCUGAUCACGGCCGGCCUGCAGAGCAAGAGGAAGCAGAUCGUCAAUGUGACCGUCAGGCUCUGGAACGACACAUUCGGCGAGCAGAGCAGUCUCCUGUACCCCCCCAGUGUCCGCAGCGCCCUCAAGAAGCUGCGACCAAUCGCAGACUUGGUGCUACCAACCUUCCCCGAGAGUCUAGAGGACGAGUCCGCAAAUACGCCGCCUGAAUUCCCCGAAACUCAGAGUCCGCCGGAUGGCGAGGACAGUGCAAGAGAGAGUACUUGGCCCGCCACCCCGCUGCGGGUGGCGUCGCCGUUCCGGAUGGCAUCGCCGUUCCGGAAGAGCAUGUCGCCGGGGAUGGUGAAAGACACGCCGCUGCCGACUCGCCGCAGUACUCCUGGGAGCGCGCGGAAGGCGCCGCCUCCAAAACUGAAGCACAUGGACUCGCAGAUUGAGUUUGCGCCGGUCGACAAUGGGUCUGCGGAGGCGAUUGAUUCGCAGGUUCUUACGGAGCAUCAGAAGGAGGUGAAGGAGCGGCAGCGGGAUGGGGAGGCUGGAAAGCUGUUUUCGAGCUUGGCGAUCAAGACGGAAAAGGACGCUGGCAAGGAGAAGGAGGUUGUGGUGUUGGAGGACACGCCGGUGGAGGAUAUGGAUGUUUCUAGGAUUGAGGAGACGCAGCCUUCGCAGGGUGAGGAGAAGGAGCUGGAGGAGACGAUUUCGUUCUUAUCAGAGAUGCCUGUGCCGAAGGAGGAGCCAAACCCACAGUUCUUGCUUACUCGGCCGCCCACCCAACGAUCUGGUGAUGUGGCUUCGUCUUCCGAGAUUGAGCUGUCGUCCGAGCCGGAGAUGGACUCUCCUGGGGCCCAGGAGUGGGAGGAGAGCAACGGCGACGAUGUCGAGAUGAGCAACCCGACCGACGACAACUCGGACUAUGGCAGCAGCAUCUCAGAGCUCCCGUCAAUCGAGGACGAUUUUGUCGAUGCGCCGGACCAGCCCCCGAGCUCGCCGAGGAGGCAUAUGACGAUGACAGUGGAGGUAGCGCCGCCAUCAGCCACAGUCUCUGCGGAGGAGCCGUCGUCGGAGAAGAGCAGCCAUUCUAGCCCUGGUGCACAGAUUAUCGAUGAGCAGAGGGCCUCGCAUGGGUUGCCGGCUACGCAGAAGCCGACGAAAUGUAGGCGGAAGGGGAAGAAGAAGGCCAGUCCGGAGGUUCUGGGCACUAUCGUUAUUGCCAGCGAGCCUCCUGCGCCAGAGCCUUCGGUGUGGUAUCGUACAAGGUCGGCACGGCUAGCAGAGGAGAAGGAAAGGCAGGGGUCGUUGGAGGUUCCAGAAGCAAGAGAGGGCACAAAAACCUUCAAGUCUGUUGAGAAUACGCCGUCGAAAGCAUCGAAGAAUGCGACGCCAUCAAAGGCCUCAAAAGGGAGACAGGCAAAGGAAAAGACAACAGACACGCCUUCGAAGAGCAAAGCCGUUGGAGCCACCCCAUCGCGAAUCUCACCGCCACGGACGAGAGCGUCCUCACGGAGGGGAAUUUCGGAGACCCCUAAAGCUAUUGCAGAACCCGCAUCGCGAAAACGCAAGUUCCUAACCACAGAUGACAGCCCGGUCCCUGGAUAUGAGAGCCAUCAAUCAGGGACUGAGAAUGUCUCAUCCCCCACACCAAAAGGGCGCCGCCGCAAGUCCGACAACCCACCGCCGGCGAAGCGAAGCCGUGUUGUUGAGGAAGUUCCUGCUGACUCGGAUGUGUCCUUCGUGGGGGAAACCCAGCUAAGCUAUGGAUCGUCGAUCCCAGAUACUUACGAGCAGGAAGUGGACGAGCUUGUCCGGGCAACACCUUAUGCGGGGAGAGCUGUCGGACUUUUUGAUAAGACUAAUGAGGCGGAGGUGGAGGUUGCAUCGACUCCCGGGAAAAGGCGGAGGGUGAAGGAAAUGGUGGAGGAGACGCCGGCGCCUGUGGAAGUGCCGGACGUCGAGGAGGAGGAGGAGGAGGAGACCACUAGUGUCGAGGCGGACGCGGUGACGCCUAGUAAGAGGCGGAAAAUGAAGAAGAGGCAGCCGGCGCGUGCGGGACGUCGCAGUCCUACAGCGAAGGGGAGUCAAAAGUCCUUGACAGAGACUGAAGAGGACGAGGUUGCCCCACCGUCGUCUCAGGUUGAGAUAUCAGCGGCCUCGGAGAGCACAGGGGCGGAGGGGUCUCUAGUCGUGGUAGGGUCAUCGGGGCCGAGUGUAGUGACCAGUGUAGUGUCGAGUGCAGCCUCUGAGCCCAUAACGGGCCAGAACGCAAUCGAAGGGCUACGAAGUGCGCUGCGCCUGUUGGAUACGGUUGAGUUGACACCGUCUGAGUCCAGAGAGGCGGAGGAAAUUAUUUUGGGUGCGUUUAUGAAUAUCAGGACACGGGGCCGCGACUAG